UCUGCUACCACCAGGGUGCCUGUAAUUUUAACGAAGGCAGAAUUCUGAGUUUUGGGACGAGGUUUGACCAGGCUGGCUGGGGUGGGUGAGCUAGCAGAAAGCUUGGGAUGCUUGUUUAUUGCGCGGUGCCAUCCAGGUUCACGGUAAAUACGGUUGAAUGCUUGUCUUGGUCACAGCAGGCAAAAUGUGUGUGCUGUCGGUGUGGUGAACGAAUCAUUCCGGGCCGGAGGUCGCACGCCACACCAUGCUCCAACGGGCUUGUCAUUGUCCCGAGUGCUGUCUGCGUGUUGUUCAUUGUUGCGUGGGCGGUGGGCUUUGGAGUGGACGACGGCGAUGCUGGAACUUUGGAAGCUUGGGAAAGGUGCUCCACACCUGCAGUCCAGGGCCACCCACCAGCUGUCACUCACCUGCCAGCCCCAUCCUGGAGCCUCCCACCUCACACUCACAAUCCCCAAGCACAUGAUUGGCCCAUGCAGUCCCGCACCUGCUCAACGACGGCAUCGCCAAUCGCUGCAUCAAGCCUCAACGUCAAAGACGAAGCUAUCACGACCCGAUCGCAUUGACACCCACUGACGUCGCCGUCGUCGACAACAUCCGCCCAAUCCGCCGGCCGUGCCCCGCCUCCGCAGCACUCGACAGCACAAAC